GAGUCGAUGGAGUCGUGCCAUCCUCUCUAGUCGGAAUCUCAAUCUCAAGCAGCGAAAUCCACUGACGGCAGUCUGCUGCCCCUCACAGCCGAAGUUUUUCUCGGCUGGCUAUGAUGGCUUCUCUGUAAGGAAGAUGAAGAGGUCGCAUUUUCUCAAGUGCAAGGCAAGAGUCCUUGGCAGGCUUGUUCCGGGAUGCCGGAGAGUCUCAUCCCGGCUAUUCCCGACUCUUCUGGAGGAGGCUUCCGACUACAUUGCUGCGCUCCAGAUGCAGGUCCGUGCUAUGGCCGUGCUGGCUGCCCUCACCACCAUUCUCUCAUCGUCCGGUGGAUUCUAUCCGCCUGAACCGGAUCGCUCUGUGCCGUGAUUUCACAGCAGUCGUUUUUACCUUUGAGAAAUUUUUUUUGGAGCGAACAUGAUAUAAAGCUGCAACCUUUGGAGUAGAAAUUCUGUGAUUAAAAAUAAAUGUUUU